AUGGCUUUGACUGCUCCCGCUGUAGCUCCAUUCAAAUGGACAGUCGACACUGCAAGUGAAUUAAUUCAACUUCAAUGUGAUAAUCAUGACGAUUUUGAAGGGUUCACCGCUUCUCCUCUCAAUGUCAUAGAAAAUG